CAUGCAAAGUUAGAAGACACGCACAUUUGCACUAGUAGGGAAAGCAGCUGAUGAUAUAUUAUAUAUAUAGUAUAAAUAAGAGAGAUAAUUCCCCAUAUUCGAAAUCAUCACUUCUACUUAAUCACUACUCUCUACCAUUGAUCAUAAUUCACUACCACAAUAUAUAGCCCAUAUUGGAUAUUAUACUUCUUAAGCUUAUUUCUAAUUUCAUCUAAACAUUUCAAUAUUAUUAUUGCCAUGUCUCCUCAACUCAACACUACUGAAUUUUUGGUUGUAAAGGAGGAAGUUGAGCUUGUGAAGCCAUCCAAAGCCACACCUUCGGAAGUUCUCUCUUUGUCCACUCUUGACAAUGAGGCCAACCUUGAAUGCUUCUCCAAAGCCAUCUACGUAUACAAGGCCCAACAUGAUCACACUAAUGGCGUCGAUCCAGCUGAGAUGAUCAAGCAAGCUGUCUCUGAUGCUCUCGUCUAUUACUACCCUCUAGCCGGGAGACUCAAACGGCUAGACCACGAUGGAAGGCUUCAACUCACUUGCGACGCUACUGGUGUUCCCUAUUUGGUCGCCACGGCCAACUGUCGUCUUUCCUCGCUUAAUUACUUGGACGAUAUUGAUUUCGAGAUGGCCAAGAACUUGGUCUUCCCUUCUCCUACAAGCGAUUGCCCUUUCGUCCUACAAGUCACUCGAUUCUCUUGUGGAGGUUUUACCAUUGGGUUUGGAAUAUCUCACAUGGUCUCCGAUGGUUUUGGGGCUGCUCAGAUCUUCAAGGCCUUGGCUGAGCUUUCCAAAGGCAAAGAGCUCUCAGUGAAGCCGGUAUGGGAAAGAGAGAGACUUGUGGGAACACCCAUCAAAGAGUUUCUCAAGCUCAGCAUGUGUCAUCCUGCUACGUCACCAUACAUGCCCUCUUCUGACAUUGUAGAUGAGAUCUUUUACUUAAAGAGUGAUACCAUGAAGAGACUCAAAGAUGAGAUAAUUAGUGGUGGUUCUCCCAGUAAUGUUACUACCUUUGAAAUACUUGCAGCCUUUGUUUGGAAAGCCAGACUGAGAGCCUUAGAGCUCAAUCAUGAUGGAAAAACAUGUUUGUAUUUCGCUACAGGUUUGAGAAAGCUCAUAGACCCUCCUUUGCCUGAAGGGUAUUACGGGAAUGCAUUUUUGACCUCUGCAGUGGAACUCACUGGCAGAGAACUAGAAGAUAAAUCUUUAUCUGAAAUUGUAAAUAUGAUAAAGGAGAAGAAGAAGGAUGUUUUGGACAACAACUACAUCAGAAAAUCUAUUGAUAUUUGUGAGACCAAACUAGCCAACCGUGAUAAUCCAAAAAUUAAGGCUACGGGAGCACUCAUGGCAUUGACUGAUUGGAGGAAUUUGGGGUUAGUUUCGGAUGAGUUCGGAUCAGGAUGGAAUGUUGAAAACGUGACAUCGUUGCCGUGGGACUGUUUUGGGUCAGUAGAUUUGUGCACCUUUUUGCCUGCUCCAAAAUCUGAUCCUUCCUUAAAAGGUGGAGUUGGGAUAUUGGUCUCUCUUCCGAGGCUAGCCAUGCCCAGGUUCAAGCAAGAGAUUGAUUCUCUUAACUAAUUAACUACUGUACUUUUAAUAUUGAUUUGUUUAUUUGAUAUUGUUUGGUUUUCCCAUUUGAAGAGCCAAUUAGGCAAUUAUAUAUACAGCUUUACUCCAUUCAUUACAA